AAGAACACACACGGAAACAUAGCAGAAGAAGAAAGAGGCAAACUUCGGAGUGGUGUAUCGGGUGUUUCCCAUCGAAUCUGAAGGACCCCGGACCCUUGGGAUGGUUGAGAGCGAGAUACGAUUGUGUUGAACCCGUUGAUCCGCCGGAUUGAACUUGUCAGGGCAUUUCACGGGUAGGAUUCCAUUCUAGGCUAAGAACUUGAACCGUUUUCACCAUGACCAAGAUUUUAUGGCCGGAAGAGGCCUUGCAAUUGCCAUUGGCCACCCCACGAGAAUGCGCCCAAUGUCAUCUGAAAUUGAUCAGUGAGGAUGCACUAGAAUCCCACAUGGUCACCUGUCAAGGGCCCACCAAGGCCAACCCCACCUCGACCAUUGAGAAGAAAUCCUGCUCAGCUUGUCACAAGACCUUCAGUUGCCAUGCUGACCUCGUGUCGCAUCUUGAGGGUGUCCAUACCACCGAGACGUGUUUGAAAUGUCAGCAAGUGGUCCAGGGACGUCAUGAUAUGAUGCUCCACAUCAAGUUGGCUCACUUCUAUGAUGAUGGGCAUGUGUGCUGUGUUUGUCAGAAGGUCUUCCCCAUGGGCACAGGAUUGACCCAACAUUUCCAUGAAUCCCACGUGUUACGGGCGUGUAUCCUCUGCCGCCAUCAAGACCGAUCUCGAGGUGAAUUUAUGAGGCACUUGCGUACUUCCCACGCUUUGAGCCUUCAGUGCAAACGUUGUCCCGAGAUUUGUCCGGACUCGCGAGCUUUGGCCCGACACAGUUUAAAUAUACAUGAGUUACAAGUAUGCAACACUUGCAAUAUUCCCAUCAUGGGGAUGAAUAGCUAUCGCCAACAUUUUCGAGAGCGUCAUCCUUUGGCUGAGCGCACAAUCAACACGCCUACUCCGGGUGAUAAAGCUCUCCGUCGCAAACAUGAUUCCACCGAAGGGUCGGUAUGGAAGAAACCGGCUACGAUAAAGAAAAUAUCGUCCAAGGUUGAAGAAAACCACUCCUCACUUAAGGCCCAAGAUCUUCUCCAGAGCCCCAAGGGUUUCAAAACGAAGAUGAGUCCCAAGGUGUGCUUGGAGAAAUUGAAGCAGUGUGCCAAGUGCGAAUACGCCACCAAUCAGCGAACCAACUUGGUCCGUCAUUUCGAGUCCGUUCAUGUGACGUACAAAUGCCGGGUGUGCUUCAAUCCGUUUCAGGGACGAAAAGCUAUCCUUGACCAUUCACGUCUCCAGCAUUUGAUCUUGGAGCCAAAGUAUGACAUUCAAGAUGCCUUCAAUCCCGACGACCUUCUCGAGUACAAUAAACUGAGACGCGGUACCUCGCCCCUGAUCAAAGAUGGAACCUUCAAAGUUCCGGAGCAAGUUCCGAAAUCCCCGGAUGUGAGCUCUGUCAACAAUCAUCUUGGCUACUUUUGUCACAACUGCGGAUAUCACUCCAAAGAUUAUUCCGCUUGGGUGCGCCAUCAAUGUCAUGUGGAGAAGACUAAACCCCAUGGCACACUUACUACCCCACCUGACUGCUCUAGAGUCAAAGAUAUUUUUCCCAAUCUCAAUCAAACCACUCCCAAAUCGGCUCCCAAGCGGAAGCGACCUCGAAGCCUUUGCUCUCCAAACACUUCUGGUGAUAGGAAGGUUAGGAAAGUUCAGUUUGGAACGAGUAGCUCAGACCUUCCUAGACCCAAGCGGUCCCCGGGGAAAUCCAUCGGUUCCAGCCUAGGUUCCAUGAAACCCGACAAAGGUGAGUGCUCUCGGGUGGAGCUUCAUUCGAAUGGUGUCGUCGAUGGGAGCGAAACCGAAACCUCGUCGGAAACGGGUGAAGAGCACGUGGAGCAAAUCUUUCAGACCCUCCGAGAGAACCACGUGUAUCUGGAGGCGUACCUCAUGUACACUCAAUUACUUCCUAGUCUUGAAGAAGAGCAAGAAUCAGGAGUUGAAGCCGUUCGAAUUGAGUUUUUGUUCGACCAAGCCUUGAAGAAGUUGGUCAAGUGGAACGAGAACUCGCCCAAAGCUGUGGUCCAAGAUGGGCAAUCCUGUUCGUCUUGGAUCGACCGUUGUGCCUAGAUAAGAAUAGUUUUUUUCUUUUUGAUUUCAAUUGGAAUUGCCGACGCCAGAUUCAUGGCUGGCCACUCCUCCUUGGUUGCUAAGAAUGUGUGUAUUCUUCUCAGAAAUUAUGAUGGAGAACAUCGAAUAAACCUAUAACUUUGACUUAAA